ACUAUAAACCAUAGACAGAUGUCAUGGAAUGACUGUCAAUUAAUCGAAAUUAAUUUUCAUUGCUUCAUAUUUGAAUUAAUUUAAUUUCUUUGUAUACGUGUAGUGUAAUUAAAUUUCUUUACAAAUAAAUAACAAUGCCUAGUCAAGAAAUUAUUACCACGAAGGUCGUGGUUCAUCCACUUGUUUUGUUGAGUGUCGUGGACCAUUUCAAUCGAAUGGGCAAGAUCGGAAACCAGAAACGGGUUGUCGGCGUUCUGUUGGGCUGUUGGAGAGCUAAAGGUGUUCUUGAUGUAUCCAACAGUUUUGCAGUUCCAUUUGAUGAAGAUGACAAAGACAAAUCUGUAUGGUUCCUAGAUCAUGAUUACCUAGAGAAUAUGUAUGGUAUGUUCAAGAAGGUGAAUGCUCGUGAGAAAGUUGUGGGCUGGUACCACACAGGUCCUAAACUCCAUCAGAAUGAUGUAGCAAUCAAUGAACUUAUCAGGCGCUAUUGUCCAAAUUCUGUGCUUGUUAUUAUUGAUGCUAAACCGAAAGACCUAGGUUUACCCACUGAAGCUUAUCAGGCUGUAGAAGAAGUUCAUGAUGAUGGUAGUCCGACUACAAGAACUUUUGAGCAUGUACCUAGUGAAAUUGGUGCAGAAGAAGCAGAAGAAGUUGGUGUAGAACAUCUUUUAAGAGAUAUCAAGGAUACAACAGUUGGCAGCCUCUCCCAACGCAUAACAAACCAGUUGCUUGGACUACGAGGCCUUCACUCACAGCUGAAUGAGAUCAGGGAUUAUUUAAUACAAGUUGGUCAAGGAUCACUGCCAAUGAAUCAUCAAAUCAUCUAUCAACUACAGGAUAUAUUUAAUCUUUUACCUGAUAUUGCUAAUGAUAAUUUCAUUGAUAAUCUUUAUAUUAAAACAAAUGAUCAGAGUCUUGUUGUCUAUCUCGCUGCACUUGUAAGAUCGAUAAUAGCUUUGCAUAAUCUUAUUAACAAUAAGAUAACAAAUAGAGAUGCAGAAGAAGGAAAGAAAGAGGAAGCUAAAGAUAAAAAAGAGAAAAAGGAUGACAAAGAUGAUAAAAAAACAGAAGAGAAAGUGAAAGCAGAGAAAAAAGAGAAAGAGGAAAAGAAAAAGUAAUUUUUAAUCAUAGGAUUUAGUUUAAGUUGUCAAUAUAAUGCUGAAUUAUUUUUAAAUAAAUAUUUACUAAUGUGA